UCCCAGAGUUAGCGGCCCUGUAGUAGGUUGAGCCGCUUAAGAAACCUGGACAAGGGACACUCCUGCCCGGAGGCAGCGGGUGGGGCAGCCGCUGUAAACUCACUGAAGGUCUGAGGCAAGACAGCCCUUGAGCCCAGCAGUUUUGGGGAGCAGCAUGGAACAACGCAGUGAGAUCCAAUCUCUCUCUCUCUCUCUCUCUCUCUUUUUAGAUUUAUUUAUUCAUAUAUUUAAGUACACUGUAGCUGUUUUUAGAUGCACCAGAAGAGGACAUCUGAUCUCAUCAUGGAUGGUUGUGAGCCACCAUGUGGUUGCUGGUUGUGAGCCACAAUGUGGUUGCUGGGAUUUGAACUCAGGACCUUCAGAAGAGCAGUCGGUGCUCUUAACCACUGAGCCAUCUCUCCAGCCCCCCCCUUUUUUUUUUGGUUUUUCAAAACAGGGCUUUUCUGUAUAGCCCUGGCUGUCCUGGAACUCACUCUGUAGACCAGGCUGACCUCGAACUCAGAAAUCUGUCUGCCUCUGCCUCCCAAGUGCUGGGAUUAAAGGCAGACACCACCACCACCCGGCUUCUCUGGAUGGUUUUAAUGUUGUCUAGUAUAAUCAAGGGUUUUAGAAAUGGGUGACCCACACGUAUAGUAAAGGGCUACAGCUAUAUCUCCAACUCAAGAAUAAGAUUAAGUAGAAGGCUGUAUUUUUAAUAACUUGAACUUGGCUGAGCACUCACAUUCCAAUGUGCUUACACACACAUCACUCAGAUCCUGGGCUGUUUUAUUUUCCUGUAGAGGAAUUUUAAUCCCAAACAUGGCUGCUCUAGCAAGGGACCACAUCCAAAGAUCUUCUGGAAUACACAGACACAUCUUUAAUCCCAGGAGACAGAGGCAAGCAGAUCUCUGAGUUCAAGGUCAGCCUGGUACAGAGUAAGUUUCAGGUAAAGAAAAGCUUAGGUCCAGGCAUGGUGGUCCACAUCUUUAAUCCUAGCACUCAGGAGACAGAGGCAGGCAGAUGGAGCCAGAAGAUUAGAACAGAUGGCCAAAGUUAGUAUGAGGCCAAGCAGAGCAAUCCAGUCAGAAGCUGAGAGAAGCCAGUUUGAAUCAGUCAGCUUAGAGAGGAGUUUGGGCCAAAACAGCUGACUUGAACCAGUCAGACAGAAUUCAGAAAGAGCUAGAAAGGAUGGCCUUAUUCAAAAGUAAGCCUUAGAGGUUGAAACCAUUCUGGGCCUAGAGUAGAUUAUACAGAGUCUAGAAGCUUCCAAUCCUAGGCCUAGGUUAGCAGAUGGAAGCUGUAAGUCUCUGAGAUGACAAUUAUACCAGGUGAACAAAAGUUACUUUUACAUUUUUCCUUAGUGGGAAUGGAUUUCAUUACACUGAGGCUUCCUGUAGAUCAGCCUCACAUGCAAAAUGGCAGCUCAUGUGUGCUGCUGGCUCCCCUGACUUUGAUGACAUUAGCAAUAUCUCAUAUGUUGAUGCUAAUGGUAUAUGUCUGUGAUACCUUAGCCUAUGAAAUAUAAGGGAGAUGAGCAAAUUCCUAAAACAAACAUAAAAUGGGUACUCAUUGUUGUAUGCAAAUCGUACCUAAGUUGACUUCAUACAGAUGUUAAACCUGAAAGUCACUUUUGGGAGAUGGAAUAUGGGUCUUGACCAAGUUGUGUGAUGGUUAGUAAGCCUUGGGAAGCUACCCUCUGAAAUCGUAAAAAAGUUGUAUUCAUUUAUCAUCUUCCAAGCAUAAUCUAGGCUUCUGACAAAUUAGACCCAACCACUAUAUUCUACAUUCACUUGCAGGGGGUGGGUGGACCCUCCUUGGGAUUCCAAUUCCCCUUCAAACUCUGCCAAUCUGAAACACCGUAUGGCUUUGUGAAGGGCUCAGUGUAUCAGGAAUCAUGGGGUUUAUGCCGUGUCCUAAGUGCCCUCACCUGGGCCUGUAAUGGUUAGCCACAGAAACAAAGUCCCCCUUUGCUGGAACUGUCCCCACUAGUUCCCCCUCCUCCUAGCCUCUGUAUGGCCCUCUCCCGCGGCGGGCCUUCCUCAUUGGCCAGCCAAACACAACCGACUGUGGCAGCCAAUGGGAACCACCCUCCUGAACAUUCAGAGGGUGGGUGCUCGUGGUGUGAUGAGGGGAGGUUGGCGCCUGGUACGAGCCCCCCUACAUCUGGCAAGUCUUUGACAGAAACAGUAACACCCCCUACACACUCACGCCCGUGCCCCGUGUCUGCCUCCUUUCAGCUGCGUGGGGGCCCUCCACAAGCCACUGCGUUCACUGGUGUCCUGGCAGUGUCCUCCCCAAUUCCUUGGGCACCAAAGAGUGCACCUGCUUACUCAGUAAGACUGAAUACCUCCUUUUCCUAAGACUUGGUGGGGGGAGGCAGGGAACCACAGUGGCGCAGCUGUCAGUGGCUGUGGAGGUGUGAACAAGGUAUCUCAGAUCCCGACCCCUUAAUGCUGCACCGGACUCGAAACUCUCCUGCGAUGCCUUAGGGUACAGCGCUCUUUGUCUUCCCCAGCUGUGCUCACUGCCCACCGAGCCUAUGCGCUCAAAGUAGGGGUGGGAAGCCUGAAACCCACCACAGAACUGGGGACAAGAAGAGAAGGCUCGCCUGAGGCGCUGUGUUCCACACUCCUCAUCCCUUCCCUGUUGUGCUUAGGCUUUCUCCCUCCAGUGUGUCCCUGGGGUCCAGAAGGGGAGGGUCUAAGCAAAGGCGCGGCACAGCCUGAGCCUGCAGUCCCAGAGCUCACACACCGGCAGAAGGAGACCUCUCAAGGCUGGCCCAGUCUCCAUUUCUUCUCUCUCAAGCUUUUGUGUCUGUGCCUUUGAGCUGAAAGGAGGGUGCACUAGGAAAGGAGGAGGGGUGCCUGGGGUGAGAGCACCCUCUUCACGCGCGCGCGCACACACACGUUGCCGGCGCACGCACACACGGGCGGACACACACUUCCAGACGCGCGUGCGAGCACACACACAUACACACACACACACGCACAAAGCUCUCUCGCUUUGAGCGCACUAACGUGGCCGCUUUCUUUGUGUGGAGCCCUCGAGUGGGGUUGGGACCCGGGUCCUGUCCCGGGGAGAUGGCACAGCCCAUCCUGGGCCAUGGGAGCCUGCAGCCCGCCUCAGCUGCUGGCUUGGCAUCCUUGGAGCUCGACUCAUCGAUGGACCAGUACGUGCAGAUUCGCAUUUUCAAAAUCAUCGUGAUUGGGGAUUCCAACGUGGGCAAGACCUGCCUGACCUUCCGCUUCUGCGGGGGUACUUUCCCAGACAAGACUGAGGCCACUAUCGGUGUGGACUUCAGGGAGAAGACCGUGGAAAUCGAGGGCGAGAAGAUCAAGGUUCAGGUGUGGGACACGGCAGGCCAAGAACGCUUCCGUAAAAGCAUGGUUGAGCAUUACUACCGCAACGUGCAUGCCGUGGUCUUUGUCUAUGACGUCACCAAGAUGACCUCCUUCACCAACUUAAAAAUGUGGAUCCAGGAAUGCAACGGGCAUGCUGUGCCCCCACUCGUCCCCAAGGUGCUUGUGGGUAACAAGUGUGACUUGAGGGAACAGAUCCAGGUACCCUCCAACUUAGCCCUGAAAUUUGCUGACGCUCAUAACAUGCUCUUGUUUGAGACAUCAGCCAAGGACCCCAAAGAAAGCCAGAAUGUGGAGUCGAUCUUCAUGUGCCUGGCUUGCCGACUUAAGGCCCAGAAAUCCCUCUUGUACCGUGAUGCCGAGAGGCAGCAAGGCAAGGUGCAGAAACUGGAGUUCUCACAAGAGGCUAACGGUAAAGCCUCCUGUCCUUGUUGAAGCCAAAUGGUGUCAAUAUUCGAGAAUUACCACUGGAGUUUUUCCUUUCCCUUUUUUCUGUGCCUGCAUAAUACCUACACCUGCUUGUUUCCAUACAAACUAAUAUCAAAAUAAAAUUUGUAUAGAUUAUC